AUGACACGUUCGCUCUAUAGUGAUAGAGACACCACUUCUACCUCUGUCAGCCUACCUCUCGAGGACAAGGUCAACCAGUUUCACUCAGAUUUAAUGACGAUAAAAUCAGAGUUGACGGCGACGAAAUCAGAGAUGAAACACCUCGGUCACAGCAUUACCACGGAGAUUCACAGUAUUACCACGGAGAUGAAAUGUUUCAGUGAAACCAUCUCUGCGCAGAUCAAGGUCCUCAAUACAAGUAUGGAGUCGAGAAUGGACAAAUUUGAGAAUCGAUUUUUGUUCCGAAUGCUCUUCGCUGCAUUUGGUGUGGUGAUUAUUGGAGUGGGUGGUACCGUCACUGCUGCAAUCCUACGAUACCAGACUCCUACCGCUCAGACUCCUACUGUCCAAACUCCAGCCGUUCAGACGGCUCAGGCUCCUACAGUUAAAUCAGUUUGA